AUGGCCACGAGCGCUCUCCUCCCGCCACCUCGCCCAACAAAAAUACCCGGCAAAGGCAACGGCCGAGUCGGACCGAUCCCAACUCACCCGAGUCUGUUACUUCUCGAACUCAGCAGAAACGCCAGUGAACUCGCCCAAAUUCACUCCAGACUCAUCAAACUCGGCCUCAUUCACCAGCCCCUUGCUUUCACCCGACUCAUGGCUGCUUUGUCCCUCUCCCCUCACGGCGACAUGAACUACGCCCAGUCGAUCUUCGACCGUGACAAGAACCCGAAUCUGUUCGUUUACAACGUCAUGAUCAGAGGCUAUUCGCAGAGUCAUCGGCCCGAGAAUGCACUCUCGAUGUUUUACAGGAUGAUCUGUGAUGAGGACUCCGCACCCAACGGACUAACUUUCCCGUUUGUUCUCAAGGCGUGUUCGCGGUUGGGUUCUGUCGAGGAAGGCAGGCAGGUUCAUGGGCAGGUUUUCAAAUAUGGGUUGGAUUCGGAUGUGUUCAUACAGAAUGCUUUGAUUCUAAUGUAUGCAAGUGCUGGGUGCGUUUCAUAUGCGAGCCAGGUAUUUGAGAAAAUGGAUAGAGGUGAUGUUGUUUCUUGGAAUUCGAUGAUUGCUGGUUUGGUUGAUUCGGGCUUUGUUGUAGAGGCGCGUGAGUUGUUUGAUAGAAUGCCGGAAAGAAAUACAAUUUCGUGGAAUUGCCUGAUUGAUGGGCAUGUGAAAUUGGGGUUGCUGGGGAUUGCCAGGGGUUUGUUUGAUCAGAUGUCCAUAAAGGAUUCUGUCACUUGGAACACUAUGAUUGGUGGAUAUGUUAGUUCAGGUCUGAUGGAAGAUGCUUGUUGGUUGUUCAAUCAAAUGCCAUCCGAGAUGAAGGAUUUAAUCACCUUCAAUAUGAUGAUUGAUGGGUAUAUGAAGGAUUGUAGAUUUAAAGAGGUGUUGGAACUCUUUAGGGAGAUGCAAGUGGGGAAAUUAAAACCUAAUAAUUUCACAAUGGUGAGCUCACUCUCAGCUUGUUCUAAUCUAGGAGCUUUAGAACAGGGCGAGUGGAUCCGUGCUUAUAUAGAGAGUAAUAGGAUUGGAUUGGAUGCUAUUCUAGGGACGGCACUUAUGGAUAUGUAUGCAAAGUGUGGAAAGAUAGAGAGAGCUCUUUCUGUGUUUAAGAGCAUGGAGGAGAGGGAUGUUGGUGCAUGGAACUCUAUAAUUUCUAGCCUUGGUAUCCAUGGUUUUGGUAAAAAGGCUAUGGUCCUCUUCUCAGAAAUGAUGGAAUCAGAGAUUGUCCCUGUUGAAUUAACUUUUGUCAGUAUUUUGAGCGCCUGUCGCCAUUCAGGGUUGGUGGAGGAGGGGCGCAGAUGCUUUCACCUCAUGACAGAAGUUUAUGACAUAGUGCCCAAAGUUGAACACUAUGGAUGCAUGGUCGAUCUUCUUGGCCGGGCAGGGCUAUUGGAUGAAGCGAAGGAGCUUAUAGAAGCUAUGGAUGCAGACUCCAGUGUUCCUAUGUGGGGGGCCCUGCUUGGGGCUUGCAGUCGACUUGGUAAUUUAGAAAUGGGUGAAUAUGCAGCAAAGCAUCUCCUGGAGUUGGACCAUAGUGAUCCCAGUUGUUAUGUCAUUUUGUCCAAUAUGUAUGCAUCUGUGGGAAGGUGGGAUGCUGCCAUUGAGGUAAGAAGGCGGAUGAGAGAUGAUGGGAUUGAUAAGCUUCCAGGUUGCAGUUCGAUUGAAGUGAACGGUGUAGUUCAUGAAUUUCGUGUGGGAGAUUACUUGAAUCCUUUCGAAGAAAUGGUUUAG